AACGUUUUCACACUUCAUUUGUUUUAUGACGUUUCUGUCCAGAUGGCGUUCGUGUAGGUUUUCUGUUGUCAGCAGAGUUUUGUUCGGAGUUGAUGGUACUUUGUGGUUGUGUUUGUGUUAUGAUCAUUAGUGAUAUUUAAUUUACAGUUGUUUUGGAGUGGGUAGAUUGUGUAAAGUUAUCGUUUUGAGGGAGGUCAGCUUUAUCCACGGUAUAUUUGAUGGAAGAUACACGUAGAGGGACGGAUUUCUCUUGAAGAAUAGCCGGCCAUCUACGACUCGACUGGACUCGAUGGGUUUUGGCUGAUGAAUCAUUGACAGUAAAGACAAUAUAUUGUGUGUUCCUUGGGCAUUAAGUUGACAGAGUGUUCGUGAAAAACUAAGGGAGCAGUUAAGUGACAAAAAAGAAAACUUACAUAAUAAACAGACACACAGACAGUUUAGGGACCUAUCUGUUGACUGGAGUAGCUUCUUCAGCAUUCCGAUGGUUGUUUCUUAUUUGUCAGAGCCAUGACAAUGGAGAGGAGAAUAAAAUUGAAGACACUUAACAGUCACAUUACGUGCAAAAUCUGCCGAGGCUAUCUGAUUGACGCUACUACGGUUACGGAGUGCCUCCACACGUUCUGCAAGAGUUGUCUCGUGAAACACCUGGAGGAAAACAACACAUGUCCAACCUGUCAGAUCGUUAUUCAUCAGUCGCAUCCACUCCAGUACAUCAGUUUUGACCGCACGAUGCAGGAUAUUGUGUAUAAACUUGUACCAAAUCUACAAGACAAUGAGAUCAAACGUGAAAGAGAGUUUUAUCGUAUAAGGGGCUUGCCCUGCCCCAAAGACAUCCCACCCACUGCUGGAGAGUUAGAGGAGGAGAAGGCCGCUCCAGAUCAGCACGCAGAAUCCGACUACCAUCGCCAGGACGAACAGGUUAACGUGGGCUUGGAGUGCAUGAGUACAAACAUGAAGACUUUGAAGCGAAGGUUCAUACGCUGUUCUGCGCAGGCGACUAUAACUCAUCUCAAGAAGUUUAUCGCAAAGAAAGUCCUGAACGGUACAGAGAAGUACAGAGAUAUUGAUAUCCUGUGUAACGAUGAACUGCUGGGUAAGGACCACACACUAAAGUUUGUGUACGUCACAAGAUGGAGGUUUCGAGAUCCACCGCUCAGGUUACAAUACAGACCUCGAAUAGACAUUUAAUUCCAUCACUGUUCUUUCCUGCGUACUUGUGUUUGAAUAUAGUGUGCGCAUGUGUGUGUGGAUGUACUUGGAAAGGCGUGUCUCAGUAAAAACCACUUAAUAGAGUAUCAACAGACAUCAGUUUAGGCAACAUGUGAAGAAAAAUAUUUCUGAAAUAUUGGUAUCAGUAUUUGAUAUUGCAAACGGUCCUUGAAGGUCUGACUUGUACUAGUUUUAUCAGUUCACUGGCAUGUUUUCU